AUGGUGGUGCUGGGAGAUGAGCCGGAGGCUGAAGAGGGGAGAUGCUACGAGUGGUCUGGUUUCCUGUGCUCCUGGGAUGUGUCACUGCAGGAUCGGCCGAGUGACAAAUCAAACAUCCACUCCAGAGCGGGGGAGGACGUCACCCUCAGCUGCAGAUUCAAGCUGUCCUCAGACUUUGUGCUGAACAGACUCCGCAUCCACUGGCACGUCUUCCGAGACGAGGAGGGGUCCGUGGUGCACAGCUACUACGAUGGGGCCGACAGGCUGGAGGACCAGGAGGUGGAGUUCAAGGGUCGGACGAAGCUCUUUCUCCAAGAGCUCAGUGAAGGGGUGGCCUCCCUGAACCUCACCCAGGUGCGGCCGUCAGACAGGUGCACCAUAGUGAACAGCCAGGACGUGGUCAUUGGGAGCGUCAUCCUCCAUGCGUCAGCGCCAUACGAACCCCCCCGGGUCACGGUCCUUUCCUGGGAGGAGGGUGAGAUGACCCUGCAGUGCAAGUCCAGGGGGGGCUAUCCCAAGGCUGAAAUAACAUGGCACGAUGGGAACAGAAACCAGCUGAACCAGUCGGAGCCGGCAGAACUUCGUCGGAGCAGUGAGGGAGUGUUCGAGGUGCAGAGCCGCCUGGUGCUGACCGGCCCUGAGGACAGCACCUUCUGCUGCUCUCUGAUCCACGCCCCCUUUAAUCAGAACCUGAGCGUCUGUGAGAGAGUUACAGCCUUGGUGAGGGAGAACGAGACUGAGGCGGAGAGCUCUGGCCGCAGCAACGCUUGGAUUUUUGCCAUCGUAGGCGUGGUAGUAACGGUUGUGGCAGGUGUUGGAGUCUAUAUGUACCGGAGAAGAAGACGGAGCUCUCAGAAAGCUCCACGUGACCAGCACGGUGCAGAGACGGAUGUCCUGCUGGAGCGUGAGCAUGGAGCUCCACGUGAACACUACAAUGAAGAGGACGAGGUUUCCCUGCAGAAUGAGGCUGAAGGAAAAGGGAAAUCGCUCCAGGACUUCCUAGUGCACCUGGGACUGGAGAGACACCAAAGCAGAAAGCUCAUACUGGACGACAUCCUGGAAAUUAACACGGAGACGUUAGAAGAGAGUAACGCUCGGACGUUAGAGGAGAUCCCGUGGCAUUUCCUCAGGAAGGUCAUGGCUGUGAAUGGGAUGGCCAGACGCACAAGGCUGGUACCCGCUGCACCAGGUGACAAAGGGAUCAGCAAGGAUGGGGAGGAACCCUUGGCCGUUAUUCCGCCUAGAAGUCCAGCCCCCAGCGUGUGUGUGAACCCCCUGGAUGUGCUCUGCGCUGUUCUGUGGUGCUCAGACACGUUCCUGCAGCAGGAGAUCCUGCUGAAGAUGUCCAUGUGCCAAUUUGCCCUCCCCCUGCUGCUGCCUGCCCUGGACACCCCCACGUGCAGACUCCUGCUGUGGGCCAUGCGGGACAUCGUGAGGAACUGGAGGCCGCUCUCCUUGCGAGAGAGCCGGGGGUUCAGGGAGGAGAACCUGGUGCUCACGUCAGUGCCAACCUUUUCCUUCGUGCGGCUGGGGAGAUGCAGCUUGUCCAAGUCCAAAAUCCUUAACAAGGUCCUGAGCCCCCCCCAGCAGCAGCACGAUUUCUUCAUACACCGGGAUAUGGAGUCUGGGAACGUCCCUCGGGAAAUCGCAGAGGGGUUGGUAGAGAUCUCCUGGUAUUUCCCCGGGGGGAGGGAGAGUUCGGAUCCUUUCCAGGAGCCCAUUGCGGUUAUUAACCUGCGAGGAGACAUUGAGUCCCACCGGCUGCAGUUCAGCUUCCUGGCAGAGAUCUCCUCAGCUGUGUUCAUAUUCGCUGAACACAUCAGUGAGAGAAAAUACGAACUCCUAUCAUCACUGCAGGACUUGAGACCAAAAUUCUACCUCAUACUCAACCCCAGAAGUACUAUAACCAGUAAAACACAGGGAUUCCUCAAUGAACUGGCCCCGCUGCUCAAGCUGAACCAGUCCCAUGUGCUUGUGAAGGAUAAUACUGCAAACGAUUCAGACUUUGUAACAAGGCUGCAGGACACCUUAGCACACCUGACGAAGCAGCCCCAGAGAGCCGUGAGCAUAGAGGACAUGGCUGUAACAGCGCGUGAACGAGGAAUCCAGGUAGAUGAGGACUGCGAGGAAUGUGCGGAAGCGAGAAAGAGAGCAGACGAAAUCACUGGGGAAAUAGGGGACGUUGGCGAGUACAAGGGCAGAGCACUGACGCUCCAAGGGGUCCCAUGUAAAUGCCUGGCUGAAGUAGAAAGAGAACUCUGUCAAAUGAAGCAGCAAGGGGAAACCCCCACAGAGAUCUAUAAAUCUCAGCUGAGGCGGGAAUUGCUGGAGUUACGGACCCAGCAGAACGGGCGUGAUCUCACGGGCGGGAUGGGGACAUUUAAGGCAUCACUAGAGCAGCUCACUCCAGUGGAAACACACUACUUCCUGAAAUGGAUGAAAUUCAGACUGGAUCACAUUGCUAGGGAGAAUCUUUCCAAACUGCGGACUGAAUAUAAGGAGAUGUAUAGGACUCCAGGCCAUAGCCCCGAGCAGCUAGCAAAGCUAGAUGAAUUAAUUGCAGCCAGUUCCUUAGGGUUGGAGCAUUUCAUGCGGGAGUUGGGGCAGUUUUAUGAGGCAGAACACUCAGUGUGUAAGGACGGCGAAACAGCACAAAGCCAAAGGCGGUUCAACCAUCUCCCAGGCAUAGCCGCUGACCUGAUGCUGAGCGGAUUUGCUCUAGAGAUCAUCGAUGGAGACGCAUCCCACGUCCCGCUGCAGUGGGUGACAGAUGUUCUGACCGAGCUCCAUGCCAAGCUGGGGGGAAAGUCCAGAUUGCUGGUUCUGUCAGUGCUGGGCGUGCAGAGCACCGGCAAAUCCACCCUGCUGAACUCCAUGUUCGGCCUGCAGCUGGCAGUGAGCAGCGGCCGAUGUACGCGAGGAGCCUUCAUGACGCUCAUUAAAGUUGCAGAGAAGUUUCAGCAGGAGCUUGGCUGCGACUUUAUCCUGGUGAUAGACGCAGAAGGCUUAAGAGCCCCUCAGCUGGCCAAACUGGAGGACAGUUACGAACAUGACAAUGAGCUGGCCACACUGGUGAUUGGGUUAAGCGACAUAACGAUCGUUAACAUGGCCAUGGAGAACACCAGCGAAAUGAAGGACAUUCUGCAAAUCGUGGUCCACGCUUUUCUCAGGAUGAAAGAAAUAGGGCACAAACCCAAUUGCCAGUUUGUGUAUCAGAACGUCAGUGACGUGUCUGCCCACGAACAAAACAUGAGGGACAGGAAUCAUUUCCUGGAACAUCUCAAUGAAAUGACCAAAGCUGCAGCGAGGAUGGAAAAACUAAGCAGGGAUCUGACUUUUUCUGAUAUUAUGGCGUAUGAUCCGGAAAAACACAACUGGUACAUCCCUGGGCUGUGGCAGGGAGUCCCGCCCAUGGCUCCGGUGAACCUGGGGUACAGUGAGAGUGUUUAUGAGCUAAAGAAAUACUUGCUUGACUUUAUGAGAAGCCGGACACCUAACAGAAACCCCAGGGACAUCCCCCAGUUUACCAAGUGGGUGAAGAAUCUGUGGAACGCUGUGAAACACGAGAACUUCAUCUUCAGCUUCAGAAACAGCCUGGUAGCCGAGGCCUAUAACCAGCUGUGUCUGAGGUAUUCGGAGUGGGAGUGGGAGCUCCGCAAGGAAAUGCAUCUCUGGGUAUGUGACCAAGAAACGGCGAUUCAGAACCAGCCAUGUAAUGAACUACCUGAUGCCGGGAACUUUAAACGGGAGGCGCAGGAAAAAGUGCAGCAAGGGGAAGAGAGGAUUGUGAAGUGUUUACAGAGAUACUUUGAAAGUGGAGCUAGAAACCGACACCUGAUAGAAAAGUACAGGGAAGAUUUUAUCAGAAGCACAAAGAGCCUCAAGAUGGAACUGGAACAUUACUCAGUCAGCAAGUGUGAAAAAGCGAUUCUUAUUAAAAAAAGCUGGCAUAAGAUAGACAACAUACAGGCCGAGUACAUGAGAAUGACAGAAAAGAAAGUCGUCAGCCUUCUGGAAGAUUGCAAGAGGAGAAAACUUAAACUGGACAAGAAGGAACUGGAAGUAGAGUUUGAAACGAUGUGGAAGGAAGCAGUGUCUGAGUUAAAGCUCAUUAGUUUACAGAAACGCCAAGUUUCCCAAGAUCUACAGUUUCAGCUGAGAAAGGACCUAGAGAAUCGAGGGAGCACAGUCAGGCGGAAACUUCAGGAAGCAGGAAAUGUGUGCAGUUACAGGAUUAAAUCUUUCAGUUUUGACAAUGAGUAUUUGGAUUUAACAUGUUUCAGGGACAUGAGAGAAUCGUUCACACAGGAAUACCGGCACAAAGCAGAGGAAUUUGCUCGUUCUUUAAUGGACAAGUGCCAAAGUUAUAUCGAAGAGAAGGUGAGUUCCAAAGUGGACUAUGAUGAGACCUAUGGCAGAGAACUACUGCGGAUGAUCAACGAGAGGCUUCAGCAGGAGAAUGUGCCAAACCUUCACACUAAAGUUUCUUUUGAAGUUGAGCUGAAACUUCAUAUUUUGGGGGAGGCGGCCCAUGCAUUCCAGAAGAUGCAUGAAAACUUUAUCAAAGAAAAUGAUCCUCCGGAACGGCUGGAGAAACUGAAACCUCAGUAUUUGUCCACAUUUAUGAACCAUUACUUGGAAAAGGAUCCCUGCCAGCGGAGAGCCAGGGAUUUCUGUGAGCGCUGUCUCAAACCUGCCCUGGCAGAACAUGUUAACAAAAGACUGGGAAUCAGGAUAGUAGAUGACCUUUCCAGAAGAGAGAAGGCCAAUGGUUACCGCAGCCGGGCCUCCUUCCAGCUCUCUGUGCUGCAGAAGCUGCUGGACGAGAUGGACUUUAACAACUACAUGAAAUACAUCAACAACUAUGAAAGUUUUGUCCAAGCAGAGAUACGGAGAGACAUUUCAGAUCACUAUGGAAACAGAGAGAGUGUCGAAGCGCUCGAAGCAGAGAUCCUUUCCGCCAUCAUCAAGAAAGUCAGAGGCGCUCUAGAGAUGCCAACCGAUGGGGGAUCGAGCACAGUCUCUGACUUUGUAGCAAAUGUUUGCAGGCUGUUACAGAAAGACCUAGUCCUUCCCAAAGACAGUUUGGAAACGACGCUCUUCCAAUUUACAGCCAGUGCUGAUACCAGCCAGUUUUCUGCUGACAUUGGGGACUCUCUCUCUGAGUUGGAACUGAACCUGGCAUCAGAAUUUAAAGCUGUGAACAUAGAGGAGAAACUCUCCAAGCUCCAGGUGAAGCCCCAGGAUGAGCUGUUCAAGAGAGUGUUUGGCUGUGGGAAGCAGUGUCCGUUCUGCGGAGUCCCCUGUGAAGCAGAAGGCCCAACUCACAAGGAGCACUUUGCACCAGUACAUCGGCCCCGGGGACUGAGGCAACGCAGGGAUCACCUCACAGAAACACUUGACUAUUCGUUAUGCUCCUCUGAUGUGGUCUCUAAUGCUUUAUUUAGCAAUUCAGAUACAAAAGGGGAACUGGUUCCCUUCAGAGAUUAUCACCAGCAUUACCCAGAUUGGCGCAUUCAGCCAGACCCCAGCCUAGAGGCUUCUGAUUACUGGAAGUUUGUUUUUAAAGAGUUCAAUCACCAGUUUGCCAGACAGUAUGAUACUAAACCAGCCCAUCUCCCUGAAGACUGGGUCAAAAUAACCAAGGAGCAGGCCCUGCAGAGCAUAAAGGCAGUCUAUAACAUAUAA